CCGCCCCAUUCACGGCCUCUGAAACCCAGUUGACGACAAGCUCAGUCCCAGAAGGGGUCUGCUGUCUGAGCAAGAAGCCGCAUCUUCACUGGCCAGCCGGGAGAGGACCUGGGGUCUCGCUGGGCGCCCGACAGACCCUCCCCGGGGACCCGCCUGUCCCACACCGCCCGCGACGCCGGCGCUCCGCAUCAGGUUCUCCAGCCACAGCAUUACCUGUGGGCUCUCGAAUUCCCAGGGUUUCCAGAGGAUGCUCGGGCCACCAGCUGGGACCUCGGGGCAACAGUGAGAGGGGCAUCCAUCCUCCCUUUCGGCUCCUCUCCUCCUGUGCCAGGGGCUCCCCCAGGGGGACGAGCAUGGUGGUUUUCCAUCGGAGCCCCUGGCUUGGGACGUCUGAGAAGAUGCCUGCUAUGAGGCUGUUCACUUGCUUCCUGCAGCUUCUGGCUGGGCUGGCGCUGCCUGCUGUGCCGCCCCAGCAAUUGGCCUUAUCUGCUGGGAACAGCUCUUCAGAGAUGGAAGUGGUGCCCUUCCAGGAAGUGUGGGGCCGCAGCUACUGCCGGGCCCUGGAGAGGCUGGUGGACAUCGUGUCGGAGUACCCCAGCGAGGUGGAGCACAUGUUCAGCCCGUCCUGCGUCUCCCUGCUGCGCUGCACUGGCUGCUGUGGUGAUGAAAACCUGCACUGUGUCCCAUUGGCCACCCCCCAAUCCAAGCAUCCAACCUUUCUCUCCCUACAGCUCCUGAAGAUCCGUUCUGGGGACCGGCCCUCCUAUGUGGAGCUGACAUUCUCUCAGCAUGUGCGCUGUGAGUGCAGGCCUCUGCGGGAGAAGAUGAAGCCAGAAAGGAGGAGACCCAAGGGCAGGGGGAAGAGGAAGAGAGAGAAGCAGAGACCCACAGACUGCCACCUGUGCGGCGAUACUGUUCCCCGGAGGUAACCAGCCCCUCGGAGGAGAGACCCCACACCUGGCUCGUGUAUUUAUUACCGUCACACUCUCAGUUACCUCCCUGCUGGCACCUGCCCUCUAUUUAUUAGCCAAUUGUAUCCCUGCUGAAUGACUCUCGCCCCAUCCAAGAUGAGGGGCAGGGAGGGACAGGACCCUCAGGAAUUCAGUGCCUUAAGCAGAACGUGAGAGAAAGAAGGCAGCCACGGACCCGUGUGUACUUCAGCUUGGCAAGAAGCAAGGCAUGUGGCUUUAUGAGGGGCAAGCCAGACCCCAGAGGCCCUGGGGGUCUCCAAAGGGCUGGAGAAGGAAGACGAGGAGGACACACCGCCUGUUCUUGGGCCUUGGUUUCUGCACAGACAAGCAGCCCUGGCCAGGGUGGGAGUGGAGGAGCCUGCUCUGGCCCUGACCGAGUGGGAAGGCAGGCAGGGGGUGGCGGGGUCCUUUGGCUUCCUCUUCCUGGCAGCAGCUCUGCACCCUGGAGAGCAGAACAUUCAGCUCUGAAGAACACUGGUUGCCUGGGGCCUUUGCCACUCCUGGUCCCCUACGGUCUCUCCUCACAUCUUGCCUCUGCUUGUGCUGGGACAUUGUUCUCUAUGUCCAAGACAUCACCAUCCUGCCCCUCUCAGGGACACAGGCAAAGAGUGGGCCCCGGGCUGAGCAUGGAGCAAGGUGCUCUGCGUGGCUGGCUGACUGCCAAGUCAGAUUCUCUUGAAUAAAGUAUUCUAGUCUGGAGUCAGCUUCUCCAAGGGAGCGUCUCUGCCACAGCCGUGAACAACAGCAGAAAAUGGAAGCAGGAUAGAAAAAGGGCUCAUGGGUCCCAAAGCAGCCUUUGGCCUCGGAGGCCAAAGGUGGCUCUGGCCUCUCUUGUAGCUUCCUGGGGUGCCUUCUUCCCAGCUGCUUUAGGCAAAACCCUAAAGUCCACUCUUCCCAUAAUGAGGGGUUCCCAAGAUAUAGUCUUAGACCCAAAGUUGGGGAGGCCCUGGCCCCAGCCAUCCUUGAAUACCCUCAAAUUCAAGAGCAUAGGCCCCUUCCCCUCCCCCCAAGGACACCCCACCCCGCACCCCCCACCAAAUGCCUGGCCCUCUAGACCCUGAGUGAAUGGGGCUCUUCAGGUCCUGGCCCCAGGGGACUGAAAUGCCCAUCUCUAGCCUGCUCAGGCUGCUGAGGGCAGGGAUCUGCAGAGGCUGCCUCAUUUCUUUUUUCUUUUACCUCCCAUCUUCCUUUGCCUUCCUCCUGAAAGCCUUGGCAUGAAAUGAGAAAAAUGUUUUUUCUUUUCUUUUUUCAGUCCAAAUCUCUAGUACUAUCAGAUUCGCAUCUACCUCUUACCCACAUAGUGCCUUCUUUUAUUGUAUGGGUUGUGGGAAGGGGAGUUCCCUAUUCUCUCUCUUUGCAGGCUGCUCAGGACAAACCCACCAGGGUUCAGGGGCAGGCCUGCCUCAGGCUUUGGAGGGAAGCCAUGGACAGUCCAAUGGGGUGGGUGGCCCUGCUGAGGCAGCUGCCCUUGGCAGUCUGUUCACCGAUGCCUGGCUCCCCUGGAAGACACUCUGGUGAGAAUACACUUCUGGCUGGUGAUCACAGAUCGGGGUGUGGGCCAGCACCAGAGCCCUUUUCAUUUGCAGAGGGUGAAGGGGUCUGGUGUCUUCUCCUCUUCCUAGCAGCAGGAUCCAGUGGGGAAUAAAACACACAAGGACUUGCUCUCACAGAUCUUGUAUUUGAGUGGAGAGACAGACCAUAAUCAUGUGUUAUAGGAUAUUAGGUGGACAUUAUUGUUGCUCAAAUGGGUGACUGGACUUAUGGCUGAGGAAAAAGGGGUCUUGAGUACCCCACACUUUAAAACAAAGCAGAAGCAGUUUGGGGCUGGAUUCAGCUCCCUGUGGGAUUUGUUAAGAGUUGACUGAAGUAAUUCUGCUGGGCCCAAACAUCGCCCAGCACCCAUUCCUCAGUCUCCAUUAGCAGAAGACCAGGAAGGAGGAAGGGUUUGGGGAGGUCACUGGAGACCUGGGUUACUGGUCCCUCCCCCCUCCUCUCUCUAGAGCUGGCUUUGCCAUUCAGAUCAGGCCACAUGCCAUCUGAACUGGAAUUGAGGGAAGUGCAGAACUGAGGAGUGACAGAGGACAAAGAGGGGAUACUGUGAGACAUCCAAGAAGAGUUUCCCAUGGGUCACGUGGACAUGGUGAAAGGUUAAUGGCCAUGAGCUGCCUUGCCCGUGUUCUUCCAAGAGGGAGGCCUGCGAGUGAGGAGACACCACAGGCAAUAGGCUGUGGAUAUAGGGUAGGAGACAUAGCCGAGUGGGGAGUAUCAGAUGUAGAGCUGGAAAAGGCACACAGCAGGCGACAGUGCUGUGGGGUGGCCCUCUGCUGUGCCCGCAAGGGAUUGGCACCUGGAUGUGUGUCAUGCUAGGCGCAGUCACAGCCAGAGAGGAAAUGGCCAUAGCUAAGAGGAACUUUUCCCCAAUUUCUCCUUCCUGACCUCAUGUGAAAGAAGAGAAAGGGACCGUGGAGAGGGAAGUGGGGAGGAGUGCAAGGGCAGACUGUGCCCCUCCCUGCUCCCUGGAGCCAAAGCCAAGCGCUGCCUGGAGGAGGGAGAGGUGUUAGACUCAAAUUGGAUGGACCAGCCUAGAUGGGGCUGAACCUUUAAUAAAUUAAAGUGACAGGAGCAUUAGAAGAUCUGCCCAAAACACCAUUAAGAGACAAGAAAAGGAGAAUCAACAUAGUUCAUCUAGAAGCAAUGAUGAGAGAGAAAAAAAAACUGGUUUGUUUGUACUCCCACUGUUUGCUCAAUAAGCAAGCUACACGUGUAAACAAAAAAAUUAAUAAGAAAAUAUCUUAUUGCCAAAAUGUGAUUCCAGCACAUUAGAGGUGGCCUUGAAUUCUUUGACAUUCCUCCCCCGAGAGGGGAGGGAGGUCUCUGUUCCCUCCCUUUGAAUCUGAGUUGACCUGGGUCUGCUUUGAUCAAUAGAGUAUGGCAGAAGGGACCCUAUAAUAGUUCCAAGUCCUUGGAGCCCUGAGCUACCACGUAAGACGUCCAAUUACCAUGAGAUCACCAUGUUGGAAGGAAGCCCAAGCUAGCCAUAUAGAGGUGGAGAGAGAGAGAAAGACAGAGAGAGAGAUGCUUAGUCAGCCUUCAGUUGUUCUAGGCUCCCAGCCUUUACAGUCAUCUAACAGAAGCCGCAGAGACCCAUGGAGCAGAGACAAACUGUGUACUAUUUGAUUUCCUAACCCAUAGAAUCAUGAGAUAUAAUAAUAACAAAUUGUCUGGGGGCAGUUUUUUUAUGCAGCAAUAAAGGCUGAAUGGAAAAUAAGGAAAGGGGAUGAGUCAGGGUUUGAGGGAAGGUCCUUCAGACCAGGAGGUCACGAAGGCCUCUCCGUGGAGGAGAUAUUUGAGACAUUCUGUCAAAAGACAGAAGGAGUUGAUCAUAUGAAGAUCGCUCUAAACAGAGGACAAGAACACUCCGAACAGAAGACACAGCUGGUGCCACGGCCUUAGAAGGAAUCCCAGUGUGGCUGGAGCAUGAUGGUCAAGGGAGGAAGGGACCUGAGACGUGAUGUUAGAAGCAGGCAGGGCCCAGACCAUGGAGGGCUUUGCAGGGCGAGGAGUUUGAAUUUUGUUAUAAUGUGGAGGAAACCAGUGGAGGGUUUCAAGUAGAGGAAUGAAGUGAGACUACCCACAUUUUUCAAAUCACUCUGCCUUUUCUGUGGAGAAUGGAUCCUAGGAACACAAGGCUAGAGGUACAAAUAUCACUUACAAGGCUGUAGCAGAUCCGGGCAACCGACUGAAAUGGCUCGGUCUAGGAAGAAGUACUGGGGAUGGAGAGAAGUAGAGAGUUUGGUCUUAAUUAUACACGUGGGCUGCUUACCCUGAUCAUUCAUUCAUUCAUGAGCAUUUUUUGAAUCUACUAG